UCCACCGGCAUACAGCCGAACUGCUUUAACGCUUUACACACGCACGCACACAAAAAAAGAAAGAACAAAUUACUCUCGUUCAUCAUGGCAACUUCUGUUAAACUGAACACGGGAGCGAAUAUGCCAAUCGUUGGACUUGGAACGUGGAAGUCCCCACCGGGUAAAGUGGCGGAAGCAGUGAAAGCUGCUAUUGCUGCGGGCUACAGGCACAUAGAUGGCGCCUACGUGUAUCAGAACGAGGCAGAGGUCGGGGAAGGAGUAAAUGCAAUGAUUAAAGAGGGAGUGGUCAAAAGAGAGGAGCUCUUUGUAGUUAGCAAGCUUUGGUGCACCUUCCAUGAUAAGUCAGCAGUGAAGGGGGCAUGUCAGAAGACCCUUAGUGACCUGAAGCUGGACUAUCUAGAUCUGUAUCUGAUCCACUGGCCAAUGGGCUUCAAGGCAGGGACAGAGUUGUUCCCUUUGGACAGUGAAGGGUUAACCAUCAAUGAUGACACCAAUUUUUUGGACACUUGGGAGGGCAUGGAGCAGCUGGUGGAUGAAGGACUGGUCAAAGCCAUUGGUGUCUCCAACUUCAACCGCCAGCAGAUUGAAGCCAUUCUGAACAAGCCAGGCCUCAAAUACAAACCAGCCAACAACCAGAUUGAGUGCCAUCCCUACCUGACUCAGGAGAAGCUGAUUAACUUCUGUCACUCUCAUGACAUCUCAGUGACAGCAUACAGUCCUCUGGGCUCCCCAGACAGACCAUGGGCCAAACCUGAGGAUCCCACACUGCUGGAUGACCCAAACAUCAAAGCCAUUGCAGACAAGCACAACAAAACUACUGCUCAGGUUCUGAUCCGCUUUCACAUCCAGAGGAAUGUGGUAGUCAUCCCCAAGUCCAUCACCCCGAAGCGUAUACAGGAGAACUUCCAGGUCUUUGACUUUGAGCUGAGUGACGAGGAAAUGAAAACCAUCCUUAGCUUCAACAGGAACUUCAGAGCUUGCCCAAUGCACUGGGGUGUUAAACACAAGGAUUAUCCCUUCAAUGCUGAGUACUGAAGAGGACGACGCCUUCCAUGCGAUGGCCCUGUGCUACAUCAGAAUCCACACUUACUCUUCUCUUGUCUGUUACAUUUUCUUUCCUUCUCUUUUGCCAAAUUACCAUAACAUAGCUUAGCUAAAAAGCUGCUCUCAGUAAACUGAAAUAUUGCUGUGAAUGUUGGGUACCACUGAUUUUUUGUGCAUUUCUUUCAGUGGAGAUUUGGGCUGCAGCUCUUUGAUAAGUGUAAGCAGAGCAGUUAAUGUUAGAGGGUGCAGUAAUUUUCACUUUUACUCCAGUUGUAGACUUACUCCAGUUAUCUUGACGCUUUCUCUAUGCAGUAAAUUAAAUGAAUAUGUAACACUGCAUCAGGUUUAACUCUGGUAGAAUCAAGUGCUCAAUGACACAGAGCCCAAAGCUUGUUUGGUCAAAGUCUUGAUGAAUUUUCUUUCAAGAAUAUAUGUUACAUGUGAUGAAACUAUCGUAUUGGAGUUACUGAAAUGAAAACAGAAUCAGUUCAUAUUUUGGAAUGUUAAGUGACUUUAAUGUUGAAUUUAGGCCACAUAACCAGUACACUCAGUUUUUUGAGAAACAGAUGAAAUGGAACAUAUGGUUGUAACAAUGCAACAUUAAGCAUUUCUUUUACAGGACUCAACACUCCUUACCUUUCUGACAAAAGCAUUUGUUUGCUUCACUGAAUCGUCAUGGAAUUAUGCAGUGUCUAAG